CCAAAGAUGCCUUUUUUCCCUUCGUAAAUACUUAAAACAAAGAGGCUUCGGGUUUAAAGGUCAUCGUAAGAGGGAAAAAAUCAACUCGGUUAGCAAGCUUUGCCUGUUCCCGUUCAUUCUCUCCAGGCAUUUGUCAUAACGUUUCAUAGUAUUCAACUUAGUGUUGCUUCUCCUCUUAGGUGAGAAUAGCUCACACUAAGCAAAUAGUAAACUAAAAAAGAAUUAAACUCAUUAAAGGAAAGAAAGGUCAUUGGUUGGUUGCUGAUCAUGAUUGAGAUAUUUCUGAGGUCUUUUGUUACUAAGUAAGUUCUUUACCCUUUGGCGUGACUAAACCAUCCUUUUUGAAGAAAAAACUAAGGAUUUACAUAUUUUCGGAGACCUUUCCUGAUUUCGUUAAUGAUUCUGGCUGAACUGGGGAAAAAUAAUAAAAAUUACGCUUCACUUAUUUUACGAAUGGUAGCUAACAUGUUAACAGAGAAAGCUACCGAUGUGACAAACGGGAAUGUUUGCUAGACCGGAGUGUGCAAUUAACAAGUUAUAAAUUUAUCCGUCGGCCUUGUUAUCAAAAAAGCAAAAAGUCAUUGACGAUUCUUUUAUUUUGCCAAAGCCCCGGCUCACAAAUCCCACUCCAUUAUUUUUGACAAGCAGGAUAGAGGACUAAAAGCAGCCAAUCACAUAUUGUAAUAUAAGAGGCGUGCAUGCCAAGAUAUUAAACUUAGUCUUAACAGAUGUAGUAUGAUGUCCUCGUGAAAAUCAGGUGGGCAAAGUCGUGUUUACAAUUUCGUUCACAAUUGUAAACGGUAGUUCCAUAGCGUAUACCAAAGAUGAUUUUGACAAAGAUUUCCAUCGUAGUAUUCCUACUAGUGAGGCUCUUUUUAACUUCUAAUUGUCAAUGUCCAUCGCGAGACUGUGAUGUCACGUCUUGGUCCUUCUGGAGUAGAUGCACUGCAAACCAAUGUGGGGAGGUAGGCGCUCAAAGUCGAUCAAGAAUGAUAGUAUCGAAGGCUUCUUGUGGUGGAACACAAUGCCCUGACAACCUCUUCGAAACUCGUGAAUGCUAUGGGGGGAAUCCAAUUGAUUGUAAACUGAGCAGAUGGUCAGAUUGGAGUGCGUAUACAACUGCAUGUGGCACAUCAGGAUCACAGUCCAGCUCUCGUCACCGAAUUAUUACCGAGCAGUGUGGCGGUACGUGCUCGUCCUCCCUCGCAAGAACACGAUCCUGCUUACAGACCAGUUGUUUCAAUGGAGGGAGUCUACAAAAUGGAGUAUGUCUCUGUCGAGCUGGAUUUACCGGUAACUGCUGCCAAGAGGAAAUAUGCGAUGGCCCUUCACCAGCAGUUGACUGCCAACUUAGUUCCUGGUCGGAGUGGGGUCAUUGUUCGACAAAUUGUGGUGUAGCAGGAAGACAGAAUAGAACUCGUCACCGGAUUAUUUUCGAGAGAUGCGGAGGUUCAUGUCCCGGCGGAUCUGACUUAACAAUGACACGAGCCUGCCCACACAUGUCUUGCUUUAAUGGAGGAACCUUGAUGAAUGGAGCGUGUAGUUGCCAAGUGGGUUAUACUGGUUAUUGCUGCGAGAAAGAUCCAAGUAAUUAUAAAGACACAGGUCCAGGCGGACUUUCAGUCGCCCUUGGCGUAUCGAUAUCUGUUGGUAUAAGCCUCCUCUUUUGUUGUGCGUGCUUUUAUUGUUGUUAUCGUUGUUUUUCGGAGUAGUAAGGCCAAACCCUUAAUGCUCUGAUGAAAUAAGUAAUGAAAAGCCAACAGCGACUAAACUAGAAUGUAACUCCGCUGUAAUGGUAAGCUGGUUAGAGAUCCCAAUCAAAUGAUGGCACUAUAGUCAUUACGAUUUAUCAAAGUAUCUUCGCCUAAAACAGUUUAGAACAUAGCUAGCAGAGUCGCGCAAUCAAAUUCAUUAUACGUAAGCGUGCUCAAAA